AUGAGCGCACCCGUCGACAACGUCGUGGUGGAGCGGCUCUCUACAGCCAACCAAAAACCGGUCAGUGAGCCCCGCCGUUUCCUCAUGCUCGUCAUUGGAGUCUCAUGUUCCAUGUGCACAUCCUUCAUGUAUGCCUUCAAUCUUAUAUCUGGAGCAAUGCAGGAACGUUACGACCUCACACAGCGAGAUCUCUCCACCAUCACUACUGUUGGCAUCUGUGUCGGAUAUUUCAUGCUGCCUUAUGGUUUCAUCUAUGACUAUCUGGGGCCGAGACCUGUAUUUGUAAUAUCAAUGACAGUUUUCUGCCUGGGUACGUUGCUUCUCGCACUGACAUUCCAAGAAGUGAUUGAAGGAUCUGUUGUGAGACUCAGUGUCUACAACGCCCUCAUGAUGCUCGGCUGCACACUCUUUGAUUUGGGAGCCCUUGUGACAGUACUCAGCGUGUUUCCAUCCAACCGUGGCAUUGUUGUGGCUACUAUGAAGACUACCACCGGACUUGGUUCCGCAAUCCUCGGUAGCAUUCGCCUUGCAUUCUUCAGCGGCAACACCUCUGCUUAUUUCUACUUCCUCAUGUCGUGGGCCCUGGCCGCUGGCAUCUUGGCUCUUACGUUCGUCCGGCUACCGCCAUUCCAUUUGACGGGCUAUCAGGAAAAGCACCUUGAUGAAGAAGAGAAGGCACAGCUUCGCAUGACCAAGACCGUGUACCUGAAGCAGAAGGCACCCAUGUGGCGUUUCGUUCAUGGUUUCGCCAUUCUCGUAACCCUCAUUGUGUUCCUCCCCCUGCAGGGAUCUCUUGUAGCGUAUCUCAAACUCGGAAGCAACUUCAAGGUGGGGUUUGCACUCGUUGUUAUCGCGUUGAUCGUAAUAUUCCCUUUUAUGGCAUUCCCACUUACUACCUUCGACGGCAAGCGCCCACAUGACGAUUCUGACAGCAAAGCCAAAGAACACGUUGGAGCAGGUGAUGAAAUUUCCGCGGCGGAAGAUAAGGUAGUUGAGACUGAUGUCGACUAUAUUGCUCCACAGUUCCAGGAAACAUUUAUCGCAGGAUUGAAAACCGCACGGUUAUGGUGCCUACUGUGGUCAGCUUUCUGUUGUCUUGGAGCCAAUUAUGUCAUAAUUUACAAUGCCCGUUUUUUUUACACGGCACUGGCGGGUGAGGCCCCUGAAGACGCGCUAAACACCCUCCUUACUGUUCUAAAUGGUGCCGGUAGUGCCGUAGGACGACUUUGUAUGGGCUACUUCGAAAUCUGGUCGCAGAAGCGGCCUGCUGCUGACCGUAUUCCGAUCACCGCCGCUCUUUACGUUCCUUCGGUUUGUAUCAUCACCAUGUUGACACUCUUCCUCACUCUCCCGAAGGCUGCAUUACCUUUACCAUACUUCAUCGUGGCGUUCUCAAAUGGUUUCACAGCGGCUACGAUGGCACUCGUAACACGCACAAUAUUCGCCAAGGAUCCUGCAAAGCAUUACAACUUCUGCUUUAUAGGUUCUAUCAUGUCAGCCAUCUUCCUUAAUCGUCUACUGUACGGUGAGUGGUACACGCAACAAGCCGAUAAGUUGGGUCAGGAUGUUUGCACCGAGCGUGUUUGUGUGGUGAUGCCGCUUGCAUUUAUGUUAGGUCUCGCCUUUCUUGGUUUUCUUACCACAACGUACUUGCAUCUGCAGUACCGCCGCCUUUGCAAGCUUGCGCUUGAGGAACGUCAGCGCAUCCGGGAGGAGGAGCGUGUGCUAAAUGAGUUGCCUUCUAACCCUACAGAGCCGACGGGGAAUGCCGGUGAACCUGUGCAUCAACUCAAGUGA